AUGGAUUCUAGUUGGAUAGAUUUACCAAAAGGCCAUCCCGCUUAUUAUAAUGGUUGCAUGAAAUUCUUAGAGCUUGCUAAAGAGACUCUUGUUGAAGGAAAAACUCAAUGCCCAUGUAAUAAUUGCAAGUUAAACAAAUGGUUUAAGUUGGAAAAAGUAGGAGGCCAUAUUUUAUUUCAUCAAGUGGGUAACAACUUAGGGCUCCAUAGUGAUCAAGCAAAGGGAGUUGGUCGAGAUGAUGAUAUUGAUGGAUUACUAAAAGCAGCUUUUAGGAUUGGUAGUCCACAACCCACUAACGAACCCUCGUUAUUAAGUGAGUUAGAUUCCGAUGACGAAGAUCUAAAUGAGAUGCAUGAAGAGUCAUCUUCAUUUAUAUUGUCCUUGAUUAUUCCUGGAAAAUAUGGCCCUGGUAUUGAUAUUGAUGUGUACUUGCAACCUUUAAUCCAUGAGUUAAAAUUGUUGUGGGAAGGUGUAGAUGCUUUUGAUGUUUAUAGCGGAAAAAAGUUUAAACUACGAGCAGCAUUACACUCCACUAUAAAUGACUUUCCGGCAUAUGCUAUGUUGUCGGGUUGGAGUACAAAAGCUAAUUUAUUUGAUGGGAAAAAGGAAUAUGGUCUUGCUCCUGUUCCUGCUAGUGGGACAGAAAUUUUGAAGCAACUAGAAGAAGUUAAUUAUGUUUACGGGAAAUCAAAAACAAUUUCUAGGAGACAAGAAGUUGGGACAUCUAAUAAUGAAAUUGAGGAUGAUGAAGAGUAUAUGCCUCCAGCUGCCUACAAUAUGUGUAAAGAAGAUAAAGAACGGUUUUUGAAAGUCUUGAAAAAGCUUAGAGUUCCUGAUGGUUAUGGAUCAAAUUUGCAAAGAUGUAAGAUAUGUUCAACUGCCAUUGAUAAAGGAGAGUUAGAUACCAUUCAGUCAAAUCUUGUGUUGACCCUUUGUAAGAUGGAGAAAGAGUUUCUACCAACAUUUUUCACAAUUAUGGUUCAUCUACUAAUUCAUUUAGUGGAUGAGGUUAAACUUGGCGGACCUGUUCAUUACAGAUGGAUGUAUCCUAUUGAAAGGUACUUGGCCUUUUUGAAAUCUCAUGUUAGCAAUAAAGCACAGCCGGAAGGGUCCAUAGCUGAAGGGUUCCUUUUAUGGGAGACAAUUACGUUUUGCUCGAGAUAUUUAGAAAGUGUUGAGACCAUGUUCACUAGACCAAAAAGGAAUGAUGAUGGUGCUCCACACAUCAAUAACUAUCUAUACAACUCAUGUGGUCGUGUCGUUGGAAAGAGAGAAAAUGUCUGUCUUGAUGACAAAAGUUUAAAGCAAGCACAUCGCUAUGUUUUACUUCAUUCGGAUGAGAUGAAACCAGUCCAUAACCUAGAUGAUAGCACUCAAGAAGGAAAGUUGAGAAAAGCAUUAGCCGGUGGUUUAAGCAACCGCGGUGAAAGGAUAAAAAGCUUCGUUAUUAAUGGUUAUAAGUUUGAUACUGUGGAUCGUGAACGGUUUCGGAAGACACAAAAUUCUGGAGUGAUGGUUGAAGCCGAUGGCCAAGUGUAUUAUGGAAAACUCAAAGACAUAUUUGAACUUGAUUAUUUUGGUUCUUUCAAAGUUGUAAUGUUUCGUUGUGAUUGGGUUGAUAUACGUAGGGGUUGUAAAACAUAUCCAAGUGGCAGAGUAACUGUCAACUUCUCGAAGUUGAUGCACACUGGUCGAAAUUUGCCAGAUGAUCCAUUUGUUUUCUCUUCUCAAGCAAAACAAGUUUUUUAUGUCGAGGAUGAGAUACAAAAAGGAUGGCUUCAUGUAAUUAAGACUAAGCCUAGGGACUUGUUCGAUAUACCCGAUGAUGAUGAGAUUCUAGAAUAG